AUGGCCGACAAUGAGGACGCUGGCGCCACUGUGGCCGAGCCUCUCGACCUCGUCCGUCUCUCGCUCGAUGAGAUUGUUUUCGUGAAGCUGCGCGGUGACCGCGAGCUCAAGGGACGCCUCCACGCAUAUGACAGCCAUUGCAACCUAGUCCUAGGCGACGUGGAGGAGACCAUCUACGUGGUCGAAGAGGAUGAGAACGAAGAGGAGAUUACAAGGACGAUUAAGAAGCAAGAAGAGAUGCUCUUCGUCCGAGGUGAGUCCGCACUGACCACGAUUUGCAAUGGCCACCGCCGUUAA